AUGUUUUUGUCUUCCCCAUUAUUUAAAGAGUCUGCUCUUUCUAAAGGUAGAUCUGUAUAUCCGAAAGUUACUGUUUUUUCUGAAAUACUUCCGUUUGCUUCAAAAAAUCAUGUAGCAGUGAAAAAAUCAAAAGCGGCAGCAUCAUCUUGUACACAAGAGUUGCAAGCUUUGUUUGGUUGUCUUAAAAAAUGGGAGUUUGAUGAUAAACCUUGCUCAAAGCAACAUGUGGAGUAUAUGGAUUGUGUUCAUGCUUCAGAAAAAGCCGCCUUAGAAUUUAAGGAAGCAGCUAAAAAGGGAACCCUAGGAGAAGGCCAAACUGGUUCAAUUACCUCGGCUCAGUUCAACAAGCUGCUCAAGCUGUUUCCCCAACCAGACUUGGGUGAAAAACCUUAUAGACAAAUGAAGAGACUUCCCACUCAGUCAUACGCUGACGAUAUCUUUCAUCGUAAGCACUGGAAGGGAAAAAGCAGUUAA